UCAACCAUGGCGAAACGAAGAGUCAAGAAGCGAACCCACCUGGGCGCAAGCAACCCGCAGCCCAACUCCGCCGGACAUGCCUCGGCGCGGGAUCCCAAGAGCAUGGUCAUCAGAAUCGGCGCGGGAGAGGUCGGUUCAAGCGUCAGCCAGCUUGCAGCAGACGUGCGGAAAGUCAUGGAGCCGGGGACCGCCAGCAGGCUGAAGGAGCGGAGGGGAAACCGAUUGAAGGACUACGUCGUCAUGUGCGGUCCGUUGGGUGUGACACAUCUGCUGCUCUUCUCGCGGUCAGAAGGAGGAAACACGAACAUGAGGGUUGCGCUGGCGCCCCGAGGACCUACGCUGAACUUUCGGGUCGAGAAGUACUCUCUCUGCAAGGACAUUCAAAAGAUUCAGAGGCAUCCCAAGGGCAUGGGCAAAGAGUUUCUUGCUGCCCCUCUGCUGGUGAUGAACGGAUUCUCUCGCCCCGGCGCCACUGCCAAGUCAAAGGUCCCCAAGCAUCUCGAAUCACUAGCCACCACCGUCUUCUCAUCCAUGUUCCCCCCGAUCAACCCCCAGACAACGCCCAUCAAGACGAUUCGCAGAGUGCUGCUCCUGAACCGAGAGCAGUCGCCGGAGGACGACGGCACCUUCAUUCUCAACUUCAGACACUAUGCCAUCACUACGCGGCCCUCGGGCGUCUCCAAGCAGCUGCGCCGGAUCAAUGCCGCCGAGCACUUCCUGAACACCAAGACCAGCCGGCGCAGCCAUGUGCCCAACCUGGGCAAGCUUGAGGACAUCGCAGACUACAUGACUGGCGAGGGCGGCGAUGGAUACGUCUCGGAUGCGACGAGCGGCAGCGAAGUUGACACGGAUGCUGAAGUCGAAGUCCAGGACACGGCGGCUCGAAAGGUCCUGUCCGCCAAAGCCCGCGCUGCGGCUGCGGAGAACGGCGAACAGGAGGAAGUCGAGGAAGCACACGUGGAGAAGCACGUGGUCAAGCUCGUCGAGCUCGGACCUCGCAUGCGGCUACGUCUGACCAAGGUCGAGGAGGGCAUGUGCUCGGGCAAGGUCAUGUGGCACGAGUACAUCCACAAGUCGCCUGCGGAGAUCAAGGAGCUGGAGAAGCGGUGGGAGAAGCGGAUGGCGGAGAAGGAGGCUCGUCGCCGCGAGCAAAAGGCCAACGUGGAGAAGAAGAAGAAGGCCAAGGAGGCGCAGAAGGCGGCGCAGAAGGGCGGCAAGGGCGACGACAAGGACGAGGAGGAUGACGAGGAUGACUACGAGUACUACAGCGACAUGGAUGUGGAUGACUUUGACAGCGAGGGAUUGGCGGGCGACGCCGAGUUCAAGGUCAAUGAGCAGAAGGAAGAGGAUGGUGAGUGGGAAGACCAGGAAGAGGAGAUUGGCAAAAACUGA